AUGGACCCUUCGUUGAAGUGCCCUGCCUGCAAAGACAACUUGGGAGUGCGGGCCUGGAACCUUCCCUGCGGCCAACUCUCCCAUGCCAUCCAUGUCAAGGACACCCAGCAUGUUUCAGGCAAUGUGGACAUGCAUUUCUGGUUCGACAACAUGCCCGCGGACCUCUUCGGCUAUCAGGGUGAGAGCGAAAUUGCAGGCACCGUGCGGCAAUGCCGCUACAAUCCGACCACUGGUGGCCCAAUCAACGGGCCGUUCCACAAUGCCCGUGUCGAGGUACGGGUCUGGACACAAGUGCCGCACGGACGCCGGGAGCAUAGUCCAGCCCAACACCAAUUCCUUGUUGAUGACUUUCUCCUCACCGACCCCAGCCUGAUGUGCCCCAGGUGCAGAUGGAUCUUGAACUCGCUCAGAGUGCUCCAUAAUCGGCACGAUGGUUAUGGUGGCUACCAGAAGGGCAUUAUCUUCAGCUUUGACUCCGGCAUCGCCAUUCCUCAUACGGGACAUGGUACGGGUGAGGCUGUGCCGCUUCAAGAACAAGGCACACCCCUUUCACAACACCCCGAGGUGGGUAAAGAUAUGGAACGGACACGCAGCCCCGACCCAACGUGGACCUGGAAACCGUCAUGGCAUGAAUCUCUAUGGAGCUGGCGAAGGCCUGGAGGACCACGUGGAGUGCCCAGAGUCGGAGGCCCAGCUUAG